AUGAGCCAAACACUUUCAUCAGAAGUUGUUUUGAAGAAUAUUGAGGAUGCUGUUAUUGUCCCAUUAAAAGAUGGAAUCAGCUCCCUCAGCAGGGUCUAUCAGGCUCUGGUUGAUGCAGACAUAGAUCCUGUUAGUGGAAAAUGCUUCAACUACGACUACAUUAGAACACAGAUUGUUCAGGUCCAGCAGAACAUGGAGCAAUCAGAACAGGCAGCCAGUACAGAGCUGAGGUUUCUGGACAAACGUCUGGAAAGCCUAAUAAAAGAUGAGGCAAAACAUGAGCUAGACAUGGCUGUUACCAAAUGUCUUGGCAUGCUCAUUGGUGGUGGAAUAGAAGGUCAAGCAUUAGAUGCUAUAAAAAUGGCUAAAGAGGAGGUAAAAAAGUGUGAGGAUCUCAUAAAAAAAUACAGAUCAAAGGUAUCUGACUAUGAGAUCAAGAUUUUCCAGACUAAGCAGAGCAUCGUUCAGAAAAAUGACAAGCUGGAGAAGAUUUAUAAAGAUAUCCAGCAAAUGAAGAAGCAGAAGGAAGUUCUAGCUGAGUUUCAGUACAAAGUGAGACGUGCUGUUCACCUCCUGGGUGUUCUGAGUGCCAGAACCAGUGUGGCUGAACGACAAACCCGCAGAUUUAUUCUUCAGGAGCCAGUUAUAAGAGUGAUAGAAGAAGUGAUAAGUGUGACUAAAGAAAUCACAGAGAUUGAGUUCCUCAAUAUAGCAAUAUAAAUA